AUGGCUUAUGCAUUCCUUUUCUUCCUGCUCUUGAUAUUCUCUUUCAAUAUCAUACUUGAAAACAUUCAUGCUUGCAACCAAAGUGAGCGCAGCUCUCUGCUGUCGUUUUCUCUCACUCUGUCAUCUCCUCAGUUGAAUUGGACUUCCUUUGAUUGUUGCAAUUGGGAGGGGAUCACAUGUAAUCAGGAUGGUUGGAUUACUCAUUUGCAGUUACCUUCCAAAGGACUUAAACUCAAGGAAGGUACUUUUCUAUCAUCCUCACUUGGAAAUCUCACACAUCUCACCCACUUGAAUCUCUCCCACAAUUCACUUUACGGUUCACUAGAUCAAAGUACAGGAUUCUUCUCGUCUUUGAAUCAUUUGGAGAUCCUUGAUUUGAGCUAUAACCUUCUUUCCGGAGAGCUACCAUCUUCUUUACCAUCCCAAAACAUCCGAAAGCUUGAUUUGUCCAGCAAUCACUUGCAUGGUGCAAUUCCAACUUCAUUCUUCCAAAAAGCUUUGAAUUUGACUAGUUUCAAUGUUAGCAACAACACAUUCUCAGGUUCUAUCCCAUCAUCAAUUUGUCUUCAUUCUUCUCCCUUGAUUAGGCUAUUGGAUUUUUCAUUCAAUGAAUUUAGUGGCAAAAUUUCUCAAGGACUAGGUGAGUGUUCCAAACUGCAUGUUUUUCGUGCUGGUCACAAUGACUUGUCAGGUUUACUUUCAGAGGACAUCUACAAUGCUACCACAGUUGAAGAAAUUUCUUUACCUCACAAUUCGCUAGACGGAGCCAUUGGUGAAAGAAUUGCCAACCUUACAAACCUCUCAAUCCUUGACCUCAACUCUAAUGUAUUGACUGGCGUGCUCCCUGAAAGUAUUGGCAAGCUCUCCAAACUGAAACUAUUACUCCUUCAGUUCAAUAAUCUUGAAGGUUCUCUGCCCCCAUCUUUGAUGAAUUGCACAAGCCUUGCAGAAUUGAAUAUGGGAUUUAACAAUUUGGAAGGUAAUAUCUCUGAGCUUAAUUUUUCCAGACUUAUCAGCCUCAGUAAGCUUGAUAUUGGGAAGAAUCACCUCACCGGUAUGUUUCCAGUGAGCCUUUACUCUUGCAAGUACCUGAAAGCAAUUCGGCUGAGUGGCAAUGAUCUAGAAGGAGAAAUACAACCUGAGAUUCUGUCAUUGAAGUCCUUGUCCUUCCUCUCGCUUGCUUAUAACAGAAUGACUAAUAUCGCCAAGGCAAUGAAGAUACUGAUGCAUUGCAAAAAUCUUGUAGUCCUAUCCCUUGCAUCUAAUUUUGUAGGUGAGGAAUUUCCAGAUGAUCUUGGCGUCGUCGAUUUUGAUGGUUUCCAAAAUCUUCGAAUGUUAGUUUUGCGUCAAUGUGAGCUGACAGGUCAACUACCUAUAUGGCUAUCUAAGGUCAAGAAACUAAAGAUCUUGGCUCUUGAGUCCAAUAGAAUCACAGGAAUAAUUCCUAGUUGGUUGGGGACUCUUCCAAGGCUCUUUUUUAUACAAUUGGACAAUAACCAAAUUUCAGCUUCUUCGUACAUUGAGCCUUAG